CCUGCGUCAGACUUCGUCGUGACUUUCCAUAGUAAUGCUUUUUCUUUUUUUUAUCAUCAUCAUCAUUAUUAUUAUUUCGCUCCACAACAAAACCACGUGCAAAAUCAGAGGCGCGAGUGAGAGAAAGUCGUUUGAAGAGCAUCCGGAACCUCAUCCGACAGCAGAAGUGAGACAAACGGAGGCGAUCGGCCGGUUAAUCGCGGUUUUAAGCGAGGGAACUUGUGGCUGGCGUUGAGCUCCUGCGUCAGACUUUACGCACCGUGUGCUGUGCGCGGCUGGAGUCUCUCUGUUGAGUUCGCACCUCGCAGCGCGCAGAGAUGCUGCAUGCAGAGGCGGCGGCUGAAUGAACGCAGCACGCAUUCACCCAGGAUUCAUGCAGCCACACCGACCCGAUCCGCAGACCGCAAAAAAGAUUUAGGAAAAGCACAACUUUCUCAUCUCGACACACUCCAACUUGGCCGCUCUUCUGCCGGACGUUCUCCUCUUCGUUCCUCGUCGUCAGCCUCCCCUGUGAAGGAGCUCCGUUGAUCCAGCAGCCAUGCCAAAAAACACCAAAGUGACUCAGCGGGAGCACAGCAAUGAGCCGGUCACAGAGUCCGUGGCUGACCUCCUGUCUCUGGAGCACCCCAUGGACUAUAAAAGCAGUCAGAUGAGCAUGGGUCUGAGUCCCGGAUCCACUGCCCCAGGAAGGUCUCUGCUCCCCGAGCAGGACGCCGAGGACGGCCGGCCGGCGUGGAACAACAAGCUGGAGUACAUCCUCGCUCAGGUCGGCUUCUCGGUUGGUCUGGGAAACGUGUGGAGGUUUCCCUAUCUGUGCCAGAAGAAUGGUGGAGGUGCAUACCUAGUGCCCUACUUCAUCCUCCUCCUCCUCAUCGGCAUCCCCUUGUUUUUCCUGGAGUUGGCAGUCGGUCAGCGGAUCAGGCGUGGCAGCAUCGGGGUGUGGAACUACGUUUACCCUCAGCUGGGGGGCAUCGGCGUUUCCAGCCUCAUGGUCUGCGGCUUCGUUGGCCUCUAUUAUAACGUCAUUAUCGGCUGGAGCAUCUUCUACUUCUUCCAGUCGUUUCAGUAUCCGCUGCCAUGGGCCGAAUGCCCCAUCAGGAAAAACGGAACCCAAGCCAUUGUGGAGCCAGAAUGUGAGAAGAGCUCAGCCACCACCUACUUCUGGUACCGCCAGACUCUGAACAUCACCAGCACCAUCGACGAAACCGGUGGCCUGAACUGGAAGAUGACCCUGUCCCUGCUGGUGGCUUGGAUCUUGGUGUGCCUGGCCGUCAUCAAGGGCAUCCAGUCCUCUGGGAAGGUGAUGUACUUCAGCUCCCUGUUCCCGUACGUGGUGCUCUUCUGCUUCCUGGUGCGAGGCUUGAUGCUGAAGGGCUCGGUGGACGGCAUCGCUCACAUGUUCACUCCCAAGUUGGAGAAGAUGUUGGAGCCGCAGGUGUGGAGGGAAGCAGCGACGCAGGUCUUCUUCGCCCUCGGCCUGGGCUUCGGAGGCGUCAUCGCGUUCUCCAGCUACAACAAGAGGGACAACAACUGCCACUUCGACGCAGCUCUGGUUUCCGUCAUCAACUUCGUCACGUCCAUCUUGGCCACUUUGGUGGUGUUUGCUGUGCUGGGCUUCAAAGCCAACAUCAUGAAUGAGAAGUGUGUUGUCGAGAACGCAGAGAAGAUUCUGGGUUACCUGAACACAGGUGUGCUGAGUAGGGAGCUUAUUCCUUCUCACAUCAACUUUUCCCACCUGACAGCUCAGGAUUACUCAGAGAUGUAUGGAGUCAUCAAGACGGUGAAGGAGGACAGCUUUGGCCAGCUGGGUCUGGACCCUUGCAUCCUGGAGGACGAACUUAAUAAGGCGGUUCAGGGGACCGGUCUGGCCUUCAUCGCCUUCACCGAGGCCAUGACACAUUUCCCCGCCAGCCCCUUCUGGUCUGUCAUGUUCUUCUUCAUGCUGAUCAACUUGGGUCUGGGAAGCAUGAUCGGAACCAUGACCGGCAUCACCACGCCCAUACUGGAUGCCUUCAAGAUCCGGAAGGAGAUCCUGUGCGUGGUUUGCUGCAUAAUAGCCUUCCUGCUGGGCUUGCUGUUUGUGCAGCGUUCAGGGAACUACUUUGUCACCAUGUUUGAUGACUACUCCGCUGGUUUGCCCCUCACUGUGGUUGUGAUCCUGGAGAACAUCUCUGUAGCCUGGAUAUAUGGCACUAAGAGAUUCAUGCAGGACCUGGAGGAUAUGCUUGGUUUCAGACCAUACAGCUUCUAUUUCUACAUGUGGAGAUACGUGUCCCCUGCCAUCCUGGUGGUGCUCAUUGCUGCAACCGUCAUAGAGAUGUCUGUCAGUCCUGCAGGAUACAACGCAUGGGUGGAGGAAGAGGGUUCAGAGCGUUUCCACAGCUACCCUCCGUGGGCAUUGGCCAUGGCCUAUGCCCUCAUCGUGGUCGCCAUGCUGCCUCUGCCCAUCGUCUUCAUCGCCCGCCACUUCAACUUGGUCUCCGACGGAUCCAACAAGCUGUCCGUCUCCUACCGUAAAGGAAUGAUGAAGGAUAUCUCCAACCUGGAGGAGCAGGACGAGCAGCGCUUCAUCCUCGGCAAGAACCCCAUCGAGGCUCCCUCACCCAUGCCUGCCCACCGCGCUUAUCUUGGGCCCGGUGGCACCCAAGAGAUGACCAACACCAACUACGGCACCAGCACCAAGACUGGAUACCAGAACAUUGGCUCGCCCGAGUCUGAGCUAUGAUCUAAUGAGCUCCAACGUCGUCCCGCUUACAAACGAAGCCCUCUCAGCUAGAGGAGAGGGAGACAGAGAAGGUGGAGAAAUUUCAGUUGCAGCAUUCCUCACACCUUAACCUCCAGAGAGAAAAAAAUAGAGAAGCACACAAAAAACAGCUGGUGAUAUGGCAGUCAGAAAAUCAAGUCUGAUCUUUUGCUCAGUCAAUACGCCAUGACAACACUUCUCAGUGUGAGAAGUUGUUACUGUGGGAAGAAGGUUAGCAUAACCCCGCCCCUGACAAGUUUUGAAAAAUCCUGGCACAGUGGGCCGAGCCAAGAGACAGAGAGGCACGGCCGAGUGUGGCCACGCCUCUAACUAUAGUUAGAGACUUUCCAGACACCUGUAGCAACUUUUUUUAUCAAAUGACCUACCGUGCAGUACACCGUCACUAGUAGGCAGAGCAGAGGAGACCCACUCCACUCUGCGUCUUCCAUCGCAAAUAAAUCACACAAUCGCAAAUCUGAGUAACUCUAUUGAUCAAAGCUAUUCCAACUCCUAACUCACCACCAGGUGGGGCUGUGUGUCUGAGUGAGAUGGUUGUGUGAUGAAAAGCCAUAUGGAUAUAUUCACCUGCUUAAGAGCUGUUCCACUAAAAGUGAGCAACACUAAGGUGGUUUUAGGCAAAAUAACGCAGAACUGAAAAAAUAUGCACAAAACUGUCAAAUUUGCACAGAAACAUAAAGCUGGAACCCUAAAUGAUCUACUUAGACAGUUUAUUAGCAAUAAAAAUGACUUGGGGUGUAAGCUAAAAUUUAAGCAUCAGUGAGGUGUUAAAAAUAAAGAGAGCAGAAAUGCACACUUUAGCUGAAUUUAAAAAAAAAUUACAACUUUCUAUGCAGAAGACCUGGAAAGCUUUACAGAGUAAUGUUUCUCUGUUUCAAGCAAUUGAUAUCUGUCAGUUGUGAAAUGCCACACGUGGAAAUACUGACAGCCUGGAAAUUCAAGAGUUUAAAUUCCCAAGACCAUCCACAAGAGGGAGACUGUUUUUCUUAUGCUAGCAUCACUACUCGCUAAUAUCCUGUACUUGAACAGAAAUGGGAUUUGGCUAAAACCUGAGCGGAAAUAAGCCACAAAAUUCAGAUGGGUGCAUCUCUAUACAAACUCUCUCUGAGGUUAAGCAGCGGGCAAUGCUACAAUGCCUUGACUGGUACAGAACUUAAAAUGCUUUCAGGAACCAGUUUGUGCUUCUGCUGGUUCACUGAAGAGGAUUGUUGCUGUGGGAAUAGGAUUGAAGGAGACUUAGAAAACAAUCACCCUCCAUCUGAUAAGUAUCAGGAAACUUUUCAUGUGGAAACAAAAGUGGUCAAACAUUCAUCCAUCACAAGAUGUAGUGCGAGAUUCUGGUAGUGUUACAAGCACAUUAUAGUUUGGAGUUUUUCGUGCCUAUCACGCAUCAGCAAUAAUAUCAGUGCUCAUUGAAUCACAAAUCUCCUUCUAUCUCUAUUUCCCCUUCUAAUGUACAUUCAAACACUGUAUAUAUAUGUUGUGCAAUAGUUGGAAACCCCACCAUGCAUACACGCUGCAAUAGAGAUGAAAGAGGGGUUACCUUAACCCUUCCCCAUUUCUACAAGCACAUAACCACGGACACCUGCCAUGUUUAGAGCAUCUCUGAGCCUUAACACUUGUCUUUUCCUCAGUGUUCCUCUCCAUUGAGCAUGGCGUGACCUUUAACGGGUGGUUUAGGAUUGCGAAUGAGCCGCUGCUUUAAGGAAGCAGGCAGGAACAGUAGCUCAGUGUGCACGCGGAUUUGUAUGUCUGUGUGCUGUCUGCUGCUGAACUAGAGCUCCUGGCAUACCUGCCUGUUUAAAAAUAGAGCAGCGUUACUCAGGGGAAGCCGUGGCAACAUGCACCAUAGAAACCGAUUCUGAUCUGAUGAGGAGGAGGAGGAAGAGGAGCGGCGGCGCAGACACCUUGCUUUGUCUGCUCCACCUGCACAUCUACCCGUGCCCUACAUAUACAGUCCUCACCAGUGUUGUUGCAAUACUCUGAAUACAUGUGGUUCACUGCUAUGCUUCUGUGGACCAGUCACACUUCAUCCCUAGUAGGAUGAGAUUUGGGUUUAAGUCUUGUACAUUCCUCUCAUUGUGGCAACAUAAUUCAAUCAGCACUAGAAGCUACACUUCCUUUGCUAUCCAAAGUGUGACAACAAAGCCUUUUUUUUAUUUUUGAUGUAUAACCUUGAAAGACAGUGGAAAUGUAAUGUGAUAUUAAUGUUUUAGAUAAGUGGUAGUACCUGGAUUUGGCCACUUGAUGUCACUGCUGUCCAGCAGAGGAACCAGUGGCAUUAUUCUGUCUGUGGCCCCUCCCUGCGAAAGCACCAGUACCUGAGGCUGCCUCCACAAAGGGAGUGAAGCAGAAUCAGUGGCAUUUGUUUGGUGUCUGAGCAGCAUCUGUGUCGUCUGCCUCAUGCUUUAUGUUGUUUGAUCACUGCUGUUUUCUUUGUUUGCAACAACGUUUUGUCUCGUUCACAUGAGCACUUUAAUUAGAUUCAGACCCUGGAGUUGUUUGUUAAGCACAAAUUUGAGAAAUACUUAUAUGUGUAUUUAUUUAUUUAUUUAUUUGUUUUAAGAGUAUAUUCAUCAAAAAAAAAAAGCACAGGAUGAAUGUCAAGAACAAGCACAGGAAAUAAGUGGUGAAAAUCUUUGAAUUUUAUUGAUUUUCAGUAAAACUUUUAAUGUUUUUGCAAGAAAAUCAUACAGCGUUAAUAGAUGUUAUACACUCGUGUAAUAACUUUGAUUCCUUUAUCGUUCUGUCACAAUACUAUGUUGUGUCAGAAAAUGUGAGUUUUUGCAGAAUAUUUCUAAUAUCUGCAACAUUCCCAUGGAUUCCAAGCCAUUUUCAUUGUAUUGUAUCCUGUUACAAUACAAUGAAAUGCUAAAGUUUCUCAUAGGACUCCCCAUAAGCUUUCUUUAUCUUUAUCUAUCAAGGUAAAUAACAAUACCCUUUUAUGACAUCCGAAUGGCACUAUUAAAUCUGCUUGUGGUUCUUUUUCUGACAAUUUCAGACAACUUACAAGGCACAGAUUUGCAAAAGGCACCUGAAACCAAGGCACACAUCUGAAAUUGCAGCUUUAGCUUCCGGUCAAAGCACAUUUUAGGAAAGCACAGAACCGUGGGCCUGCAGGAGUUAUUAUGUCACGAUGAGUGAAAUUUUAAGCUAUAUGUCUGAUCUUACAGUCACAGGAUGUUGGUUGGCGAACAGAUAUUUUGAUUGUCUACUUUAAAUUCAGCAUCCUGCAAAACACUGAGAGCACAGCUUUACAAUAAAACGCACUGCCAUCAAUAAAAGUAACAAAACUGCCCUCUAAUGUCUAAUAUUGAUCAGAGCACAGUCCCAGCUACCUGCCACUGAUGAUGGUAUUAUAACCACGGACGUAUGUAGAUUUUGCCUUAAACAUUUACAAAGAUGUCUAAGGCAUAAAAAGCUGUUAUCUGUUGAUAAUGAAUAGGGUUGAAAGCAAAGACUCCAGGGUCUCCUCGUCUUGUCCAACAUGUCCACUGCAACUUCUGGAGUUCAUCUCAGCUGAGUCACCAACAUGAAGCUGACAAAGACAUGGUACCAAUAAAUCUAUUUAAAUGUGCAAAUAGUCUUUAUGUGACCAAAUAUAGUUAUAUUUAUAGUAUUUAAGAUGAUGUAUCUAACCUGUACAUAUUGAUGUACAUUCUGAUAAAUUCACAAUGAGUAUCUAUGGUGAGAGUGACAGGGUGUAUACUUGAGCUGUAAAUACUUGUAUAUUCUCAGAUAUUUUUUGGAUUUUUUUGUACUGUCGGUACUGUUACAUUGGUGUCUGUUGGUUUCAGGUGUUUAUGUGUGUGGUUGUUGUUGACAGUAAAAACCGAGCGCCUGGCUGUGCGCGCGUGUGCAUUCAUGUGCGAGAGUGAGCAACAGGGAGCGUCAGAGUCUGUGUGAAGUGAAAAUACGUGUUGGUUUUUGAUGUUUUUCGCUCCGUGUUUUUCUCCUCCUUCAGUGUUGUGUGCUGCUUAUCUAAAACCAGUACAUGAAAUCUAAUGUCAUUGCGGUGGAGCGGGACCACUGACGUUUAAGCAAUUUCUCCUCUGUGUUUUUCACUCGAACUGUGAUGAAGUCCAGCACAAAACUGGGGACGUAAUCAGGAAGACAUGUACUACUGUAACAAUAAGACAGGAACUUUAACUAAUUUGGUGUUUAGAGUGACUAUAGUGUAAAAACACCGUGGAGUGAAGAGGAAAUUAAAAUAACCACUUUUAUUGAACAGAGCAUAUUGUCUGUUUGUUUAAUUCCAAUGUUUAAAUAUAUUUUUUAUUUAAACUGUAAUGUUUCAAAGUACAAAGAGAACAAAAUAAAACGAGGAUUUCAAUGUU